GUUGAAAUAAAAAUUAAAAACAGAACUGUAGUUAAAAUUGAAGCGCAUGCUAAUGAAUAAACUAAAAAAUAUGUUCGAACCUAAAGCGGGCGUUCACAGUUUGACGGUAUAUUUAUUGCUGUAACUUUGCAAUAGUUUUCUUACCAUAGCAAAAGCUAUAUAUGUAUAUAUUUUUUAAUUCAAUUAAUUUCUCUCCUUGAGAGAGAAAAUAUUAAAAAGUAUUAAGAAUUUUGCUGUUAAGAGUGUUCUGCAGGAAGAAUACGCGAGUACACUUCUUAAUGUCAGUUUGUUCCCUCAAUUUCUCCUCCUUUGCAAGUUUUUUUGCCUACGACAACGCAAUUUUGGAUAAUUUUGAAAACGGGGACACUCUUUUUAUAAUAUACCGAUUUUAUAACAAUUGCUUUCUGGUGGCUAUCGCCUAUUCAAAUCAGCUGUUCAUUUAAUAUCGCAUAUUGCAAAGUUACAAUUCUAUAAUUAAACCCGCUCAGACUGUGUAUACACCUCUACUGUGUCGCUGGUGCAUAAUGUAAUUUAUUGUCGUCUUUUUUUUGUUUUUGUUUCUCUUACACGCCUGCAAUCAAUUAACUAACCAAUCAACCAAUCGCGUAACUAACCAACUAAUUAACUAUGUAAUAAAAAUAAAUCUAACCAAUCAAUCAAACCUGAUAAAAAAUUCCAACAAUCAACAAAUGCAUUUUCAAUGCCUGAAGCUAUCGGCAUGUCCAACUAUCCGAGCAGUUCUGCUGCCGCUGCAGCAGCAGCCGCUGCCUCUGCGGCCGCCGGCUAUACUGGUUUGCCCUCACUGCCAUUCAGCACCAGCCAGCUGAUGAAUAUGGCCGCUUUUGCUAUGGCGAGCGGCGCUGGCGGCAAUGGUGGCGCUGGUGGUGGUCGUGGUAGUGGCAUUGGUAUCGGCGCUGGUCCUGGUGGCCUUGGCAGUGCUGCUGGUAGCUUGAGCGCGCUGUUGGCGGCUGGUGCUGGUCUCGGCAUGCCCGGCGGACUUGCCACACUACCCAGCGCCACGCUCGCUACCAACACAGCUGCUCUGGCAGCAGCCGCCGGCGGUGCGGGUGUACUGGGUGGCGGCGGCGGCGGCGGCGGCGGCGGCGGCGGUCCGGGUAAUUACUAUCAAGCAAGUUCGAAUCUGAAUAUGGCAGCGUCUUUAUUGGCGCAGAUGAGCAUGGGUCUUGGUGGCUUCGAUACAGCGCCAUCCACCGCAACGAGCAUGUCAGCCAGCAGUGCUAAUGCAGCAGCAGCGGUAGCGACGCCACAAGUGAAAACUAACGCGAUGAUUAUGCAGAAGAUUCAAGCUUUGGUAGCGGCUAAUCCUUCCUUUCUCACCAGCGGCAUACCAAAUCAGCUGCUGGCGCAGCUUUUCAUGCAACCAAUGAAGAUGGCGCCUGCCACCGUCACUGCCGCGCCACCUGAAGAGGAGGAAGUUGAUUACGAAGAAAUGGGUGUUGCUGAGACUUACGCCGAGUAUUGGCCUGCGAAAUUGAAACUUGGUAAAAAACAUCCCGAUCCAGUUGUGGAGACCGCUUCACUUUCCUCCGUCGAACCCUGUGAUGUUUACUACAAACUCGCCAUUCCAGCAGAUACUAUAAAUAGCGGUUACUUGAGCGCCUUGCAGCUGGAAUCGAUCACCUACGCCUCGCAGGCGCACGAUCACAUGCUGCCAGAUGGCUCUCGCGCAGGUUUUCUGAUUGGCGAUGGCGCUGGUGUUGGCAAAGGUCGCACCAUUGCCGGCAUCAUUUACGAGAACUACUUGAAGGGACGCAAGAAGGCGCUCUGGAUUUCUGUUUCCAAUGACUUGAAGUACGACGCCGAGCGCGAUUUGCAGGAUAUAGGCGCGAGCAAAAUUGUAGUGCACGCGCUGAAUAAGUUCAAAUACGCCAAAAUAUCGUCUGACGUUAAUAACAAUUGCAAGCGCGGCGUCAUCUUCAGCACAUAUUCCGCACUAAUUGGCGAAUCUAACAAUAAGACUGGCAAAUAUAAAUCACGCUUAAAACAGUUGCUGCAGUGGUGCGGCGAAGACUUUGAUGGGCUCAUUAUUUUCGAUGAGUGUCACAAGGCUAAGAAUUUGUGCCCCGUCGGCUCGGGCAAGCCCACCAAGACUGGUCAAACAGUUUUGGAGCUGCAGAACAAAUUGCCAAAAGCGCGAGUCGUCUAUGCUUCGGCGACGGGCGCUUCGGAGCCGAAGAAUAUGGCGUAUAUGGUGCGCUUGGGGCUUUGGGGACAAGGCUCGGCAUUCCCGAACUUUAAUGACUUCAUUAUGGCCGUAGAGAAGCGCGGCGUUGGAGCUAUGGAAAUUGUAGCAAUGGACAUGAAAUUGCGUGGUAUGUACAUAGCGCGCCAACUUAGUUUUCACGGCGUGACAUUCAAAAUUGAUGAGGUGGCGCUGUCCAAGGAGUUCCGCAAGGUCUACGAUCAGUCUGUGGAGUUGUGGGUUGAAGCCAUGCAGAAGUUUACUGAAGCCGCUGAACUUAUUGACGCAGAAAGUCGCAUGAAAAAAACAAUGUGGGGACAGUUUUGGUCAUCGCAUCAACGCUUCUUCAAGUAUCUCUGCAUUGCGGCUAAGGUCAAUCAUGCGGUACAAGUGGCGCGCGAGGCUAUUAAAUACGGCAAAUGCGUUGUCAUAGGUCUACAAUCGACGGGAGAGGCUCGAACGCUGGAGCAACUGGAGAGAGAUGAGGGAGAACUGACUGAUUUCGUGUCCACAGCAAAGGGCGUUUUUCAAUCACUAGUGGAGAAGCACUUUCCUGCACCUGAUCGCAACCGCAUCAAUCGCAUACUCGGCCUGGGCGGCUACGGCGAAGACAAGAAAUCGCCUAUCCAAAGCAUAAUCGAGGAGGUAACCGGCAGGCGCGAGGCUAGCGUCAAAGAUGAACCCUGCUCCUCGUCAUCGAGCACCGCAGGCAGCAAGCGUAAAGCGUCGCGACAAGAGUUGCGCACAAAGAAAUCGCGAAAAAAUUCCUGGAAUGAUUCUGAUGAUGAUUCACAGCAGGAAUCGGAAGACAGUGAUUACAAAAUGUCCAACUCCGAGUCUGAGGAAUCUGAUGCGGGCGCACGUUCUGACAGCUGCGAAUCCUCCGACUUCAAUCCAUUCUUUAGCGGAUCGGAUAGUGAUAAUGAUCCAUGGGUGGCACGUUCGAAGAAAAAGGCGAAGAAGAAGGCCAAGCCGAAGGAGCAAGCUGGUGGUGGUAGUAGCAACAAUAGUGCCGCCGCAGCUAGCAGCGCCACCGCAACUGGCAGUGCCGCUAACAAUGGUGCACUUCCUGCUGCUAUCAGUACAGUGGCGCCCAAGCGCAAAGGUCCAGUCUCCACACAAGAUCGCAUACAAGACCUGCUACAGAAGAAACAAGAACUAAAGGGUACCGUCACGCAGAUCGGUGUCAAUGGCAUCAAGCUAAACUAUGGUCCACCGCCCAAAGACGCCAUUGAGCGCGCCUGCAGCAUGAAGGAAGAACUGUUGCGUAAAAUUGAGCUACUCGGCGAGCGUCUCCCACCGAACACACUAGACCAGCUGAUCGAUGAGCUAGGCGGCCCCGACAAUGUCGCCGAGAUGACGGGCCGCAAGGGUCGCGUGGUGCAGUCAGACGACGGUUCCAUACAGUAUGAGUCACGUUCCGAGCAGGAUGUGCCACUUGAGACGCUCAACAUCACCGAAAAGCAGCGCUUUAUGAACGGCGAAAAGGAUGUGGCUAUCAUAUCAGAGGCGGCAUCCAGCGGUAUUUCGCUGCAGAGCGAUCGGCGCGUGCGCAAUCAGCGCCGACGCGUACACAUCACGCUCGAGCUGCCUUGGUCAGCCGAUCGCGCAAUACAGCAGUUUGGACGUACACAUCGUUCCAAUCAAGUGAAUGCACCCGAGUACAUAUUCUUGAUUUCUGACUUGGCUGGUGAGCGCCGUUUCGCAUCAACGGUCGCGAAGCGUUUGGAGUCGCUUGGGGCGCUUACGCAUGGCGAUCGGCGCGCAACCGAGACGCGUGACUUGUCGCAGUUCAAUAUAGACAACAAAUAUGGGCGCACGGCACUGGAGACUGUAAUGAAGACGAUUAUGGGCUAUGAGGCCCCGCUGGUGCCGCCACCUAACGACUACAAAGGCGACUUUUUCAAAGACGUUGCUGGCGCGCUGGUGGGCGUGGGCAUUAUCGUAAAUAGUGAGACCAAUCCGGGCGUCUUGAGUUUGGACAAAGAGUACAACAACAUUUCGAAGUUCUUGAAUCGCAUACUGGGUAUGCCAGUGGAGCUGCAGAAUAGGCUAUUCAAAUACUUCACCGACACGUUGACGGCUAUCAUUAAUCAAGCGAGACGGGGUGGUCGCUUUGACUUGGGCAUUUUGGAUUUGGGCGCCGCAGGUGAAAAUGUGACACGCAUCAAACUAGUUCGCUUCAUACGCAAACACGCUACCGGCAAAGCACCCGCUGAGCUGCAUACAGUGCGCGUUGAGCGCGGCAUGAUCUGGCAGGAAGCAAUUGACAAAUGGGCCGAUCUAAUCAGCGAAUAUGAAGGCUUCUAUGUGUCGCAUCAGGUGCGCAACGGCAAACGCACUGCCAUUUUGGCUGUGGAAAUCGAAACGCCAUCCACACAGCAGCAAUCGAACAGCAAGAAAAAGGAGAAGGGUGUGAGCAAGAAAGAUAUGAUGUUCCAGAUUUAUCGCCCCAAUACGGGCCUACAAGUGCGUCACGAAUCGUUGGCGGAGCUGGAGAAAAAGUACAAGAAGGUGCCCAGCGAGGAGGCGGAGCCGCAUUGGACUCAACAGUACGACGCAUCGGUGAACACCUGUUCGCACGCCUACUGGAAUGGCAAUUGCCGCAAUGUUAAUUUGGGCAAUGAGUGUGAGGUUGGCUUGCGUCAACGGGUCUACAAUGUGUUGGCUGGUUCGGUGCUCUCCGUUUGGACGCGUGUCGAGCAGGUAUUGGCUAUGCGCAAUGCCAACAAUAAAAUGCAAGUGAUACGGUUGAAAACCACCGAAGGUGAAAAGAUUGUCGGUACGCUUAUACCGAAAUCAUGUCAUGAACUGCUGCUGCAAGAUCUCAAAUCUGAUGCAGACCGUAUUGAGGAAAUGAAAUUCUAAGUUAAAUAUCAGACGCGUAAAAAGCAACAAAAACAAGACCAACCAAACAGCGCAAAAGGCUUGAGUCAUUUAUCAAAAAAAAAGAAAAGCAGAAAAAUGAGACAAAAACAAGAAAUAUAUUACUAUGUUUUCGUUUCCUUUACAAUUAGUACGUAGUGAAUAGACUGCAAUUUGUUAGUUGUGGUGCGUCAGCGCAACUGCAGAUAUGCAUACUAUAUAUUUGCCGCCACCUGCUGGUGCGCGUGCGACUUGUCAUUCUCUUAUUCUGAACUGUAAAUGUUAUAAAUUAAUGCAAAACUUAUUAAUAUA